GAUUUGCGCUUCUGCGCCGCUUCGAGGACAGAGGAACUGCUUGAAUGGCCGAGCCUCUUGAAGAGCAGAGUCCUUGCAACAACGACCAGGACGAACAGAGCCUUGUAGGUGGUGUACAAUGCACUCGGACACUGCCUCGCGUCGUGGGAUCAUUGCCCCAGGUUGUAGAUUGGGGAUCAAGGAGAGCCUUUCGAGGCUAUAGGAAGGAGUUGGGUAGGAGAGGUGUGUGCGACUCUGAUAGUUGGGCGCUGCUCGAGCGGUGACCGGUCUGAGGGAGGAUUUGGAAGCACUGUUCGUCUAUGACGCGAUAGGCGGGUGAGACGGUCACCGGUGAUAGACGAUACACGGGCGAUGCAACGUGGACACCAGGAUGAAGAUCCCUAGGGAGGAAAGCUAGAAAGGAGAGAGUCGAAAGUCGAAAUAGAUAUACUGCUCGUCGUGUAUGUCUCCCACGUGAAUGGAGUAAAUAAUAUUUGUUGCGAGGAC